UAUGCCCCGUUUAAAACCCCCUAAAUGCUGGUUCGUGAAUCCUAAAACGUUAAACCAUGGCCGCCGACGACCAUCCUUUUGAUGGGCGACCUCCGGCGCUUGGCUCGAAAGAGGCAAAGUCUAGUUGCAAUGGUCGUCCGAACCCGCAGUGUUCGCUGGUGCUUCUCGGUGGCAACAGCCGCGUUUAAUUCUACUAAACCAGCUCAAACAGUUCCUUCUCAAAGCUCCAUCCUUAUCCCACUCAUCCAUUCCUGUAAAAAGCUCGAAUCUUUCCUACAAAUCCACGCCCAAGUGUUCACUCGCGGAAUCCAAUCCAACAAUUCUCUGCGCACACUGCUCCUGAAUUCUUACUCAUCUUGCUAUAGAACCGAUUUAUCCCUCUCCGUCUUCAGCUCCUCUCCGAACCCAUCAAUCGUGUUAUGGAACUCCAUGAUUAGAGCAUACACGAGAAGCGGAGAACAUGAAGAGGCCAUAAGACUCUAUCAUAUUUUGCUGCAGCGAGGCAUCGAACCUGAUAAGUAUACCUUCACGUUUGUGUUGAAAGCCUGCACUGGAAGUCUGGAUUCAAGAACUGGAAUUUCGAUUCACGAGGAGAUCGUAAAGAGGAAGCUACAGGGAGACGCCUUUAUCGGCACGACUCUAUUGGAUAUGUAUUGUAGAGUUGGGAUGAUGUGGGCCGCGUCUCAGGUGUUUGAUUCAAUGCCGGAGUUGGACGUUGUUUCAUUGAAUGUAAUGAUUGCUGGGUUCUCCCAGAACAAUCAAUCGCAUCAAGCUUUGGCUCUUUUCAGGAAGAUGCCAUCUGCUGGUAUUACGCCCAAUAAAGUUACAUUUUUGAACUUGUUUCCAGCAGUAUGUGAGCUCUCCAAUGCUUUGCUCUGCAGGUCUCUCCAUGGUUUCAUCACAAGGAGAUUGUUUCUACCCGCAGUUGCUAACGGUCUUAUUGAUGCUUACUCCAAAUGUGGAUUGGUUGAGGUCGCUCGUCGGAUUUUUUAUGGGAUGUCCGACAAUAAGGAUGAUGUUUCUUGGGGAACGAUGAUUUCUGGUUAUUUCUACAAUGAUUGUUUUGCAAAUGCUUUGGAUCUGUUUGAUGAACUGAGAAGAGAGGAUAUGAAGCUGAAUCAGGUUUCUGUCCUAAGCGCCCUUUCUGCUGCUGCUGAAACUGGAAAUUUGGGAAAAGGGGUUGAAAUUCAUAUGCAUGCAGUUGACAGGGGUUUGGAUUUUGAUAUUUCAGUCAAUACAGUGCUGGUGACAAUGUAUGCCAAAUGCGGAGAAGUAGAAAAAGCAAGCCGAUUGUUCUUCGAGGGAAUGCCCGAGAAGGAUAUCGUUGCUUGGUCUGCCAUGAUCUCAGCCUUUGCCCAAUCAGGCAACCCAGAAGAAUCGCUAUCGAUUUUCAAGAAGAUGAUUUUGGAAGGUAUUAUGCCUAGUGCUAUUACUAUUGUGGGCAUCCUUCCAGCUUGUGCGGACAUGUUAGAUCUGAAUGCGGGAAAGAGCAUCCACUGUAUUGCAUUGAAAUCUGAUAUCGGCGUUGAUGGCUCUGUGGGUACUGCUUUGGUGGCAAUGUAUGCCCAAUGCGGAUCCUUCAUCUCUUCGCUUAACGUGUUUGAUAGAUUGCAGAACAAAGAUGUUGUCACCUGGAAUGCCCUCAUAAAUGGAUAUGCACAGAUUGGAGAUGUUGAUAAUGCUGUGAAAAUGUUUCAUGAGCUGUGUCUAAUUGGACUGCAACCGGAUCGUGGAACCCUUGUUGGUCUGCUUUCAGUCUUUUCAUUUCUAGAUAAAUUUCUUCAAGGAAUAACUGUUCAUGGACUGGCAAUAAAAGGAGGUUUUGGAUCAGACCUUCAUGUGAAGAAUGCCACCAUGGAUAUGUAUGCCAAGUGUGGGGACCUUAAAUCUGCUGAAACUAUUUUCUGGGAGACAAAAUUUCAUGUGGAUGUGAUAGCAUGGAAUACGAUGAUUGCAGGAUACAUGCACAAUGGACUUGCAAAUGAAGCAAUAUCUUUUUUCUAUCAAAUGAGGUCUGAGAAUAUCAGGCCCAACCUAGUUACACUUGUGAGCAUUAUCCCCACUGCUGGUUGCCUUUCUUCUUUAAGAGAUGGUUUAGCUCUCCAUUCCUUCACCAUUCGGACUGGCUUUGAGUGUCAUGUGCUCGUUGGGAAUAGUUUGCUUGACAUGUAUUCAAAAUGUGGAAGACUAGAUGUGGCUCGAGACUUGUUUGAUCUAAUGCACUAUAGAGAUGUUGUAUCAUGGAAUGUCAUGCUUGCUGGAUAUGCCAUGCAUGGGAUUGGUGAAAGUGCCAUCAACCUUUUUUUGCAAAUGAAACAAAGCUGCAUCCGACCUGAUUCUGUGUCAUUAGUUAGCGUCUUGUCUGCUUGCGCGCAUGUGGGUUUGGUUGACGACGGAAGAAGAAUUUUCAAAUCAAUGUGCUCUGAGCUCUGUCUGGAACCUAACAAGAAACACUAUGCCUGCAUGGUUGAUUUAAUGGGCCGGGCUGGCCAGUUUGAUGAAGCAUGGGAGUUGAUUAAAUCUAUGCCAGAAGCGGCUGAUUCCAGUGUUUGGGGAGCUUUACUGGGUGCUGCCAGAAUGCACUGUCACGUGAAGAUGGGAGAAUUGGCUGUAGAAAACUUGUUGAAACUGGAGCCUCAAAACCCAUCUCAUUCUGUGAUUCUCGCAAGUAUUUAUGCUGACUCUGGAAGGUGGGCUGAUGCCGGGAAGAUAAGGGCGGCAAUUAGAAGCAUGAGAGGAGGCAAAAGUCCCGGAUGCAGCUGGGUUGAGAUCAGUGAAGCACCUUUGGCACAGUUGGUUGUGUGAGAUCAUCAGUCCCAUUCAAUAUGCUGAAGCUAAAUAAAGUUUUUGGAGUUGUUUAUGUAGAAGAUUAACAAUUUUGGUUCUGUUCUGUAGUUUUGGUGAAAGACAGCUUUAUGUUGGCUCUUCCAAGGCAGAAUGAAGCAUAGCAAUACCAGCAAGUGGAAAUCUUUGUCUUUAUGAGCUUGCAAAGCAUCACUAAGUUGAAAUGUAUGUACAUGUUUAUGAAGGAACUAUUGGUGAUUUAUCACGCAUGGUGUGAAGGCUGCUUUUAUAACUAAUUUUACACUGGCAGCACAGAAAAAUAAGAAAUGCCAAUGCGGCUUUGAGCUUCAAGUGAGACUUGUGAUGUUGGCAGAUUAAACCAGGUUGUGCGGCCCUAAUGGAACUAGAAAUGGUAGUAGUAUAUUCUUACAAGUGCAACAAGCAAAUGGAAGGAAGACCUAAUAUGUAUCAUGGAGAAUAUUUAUAUGAAUUAUAUGGAUUGCCAAACAUGAUUUAUAUAGUUCUAAAAGAUUUUUUUUUUUUCUUAGGACUCGAGCACCAUGAUUAAGUACAUCUUUUAGAUAAAACUCUUGGUUAAAGACGUUUAUUCAUAUUCUUGAUUCAACAUAUACGGAUUCUAAGCCAUCCUAAUCAGAGGUAAAGCGGCCCAAAAGGACCAAUAGCAUGUAAGAUAACCACAAAUAAAUACGGAACAGAAGAAAGAAAGGAAAUGUUAUUAGCAAGGAUGCAUUAAAUGAGGGUCUUAUAAGCCACGGAUAGGGAUUGUUUGAUCAAUGAUGUGAGUUUGAAAGCCAAGACAUUAGGAAAUUAAAUCAAAGUAAAACGCUUACAUUGGCAGCUCUCUGUUCUCUCCAAUAGAAACUCGACACAUUAAUAACAUGCAUCCUAUGUGGAAGU